AAGAGAUCCACGUGGAACACAAAGCAAUAUGUCUACACAGAGCGAAAUGUCUACGCCGAGAGAUACACGUGGACCGUUAAGCGAUAUCACCAACGUCACAGAUGAGGCCUCGCGGAAGAGGGAUCAAAGGAAUAUGCAGUAGCAGAAACGUCGAGCUGAUAUGUCCAUCGAACAAAGGGAAAAGAUUAAUAGAAAACAACGUGAAUACCGACAGCGUAAGAAGGCCGCAACCUAAAAUAGUAGCACUUCGGCUACUUUGACUGAAACAGUGUCAUUAACUUCAUUAUCGAUGGAUAUUGACGAAAAUGCUGACCCAUGUGAUGAAAACACACCAAUUAUUUUGGGCAACAACAAUAUCCAAACAGAUGCAGAUGGGAAUCAGAGUCAUGUUGGCGUUGGCACAUCAACUACAAGAGGCAGUGCACAGUCUGAAGUCAACGACAAUGAUGUCCCAGAUAGUGUUGAUACUAGGAGGGAAGAAAAGAAUGCACGACAACGAAAACGAAGAGCUGAUAUGACUGAUCAACAAAGGGAGGAGAUUAAUAGGAAACAACGUGAAUAUCGAGCGCGUAGGAAGGUUGCAAAGCAAAAUAUUACCACCACCUCUGAUGUGUCUCAAAUAGUGCUAGCAUCCUCACCUGCAGGUUGUGUGAGUUUUGAAACAGGAUUAUCAACUAUAUUGGAAAAUGAGGAGUCAGAAGAUCCCACGGAUUGGCUACAUAAAAAUGAUAAUUAUGUGCCACGAGCCAGAGGUCCCGUUGAUUCAGAAGUUCAUUUACCUGAGCGGCGCCGCAACCAUGUAGAUGUCACAACCAAUGAAGAUGAAUUCGACCGUGAACUAUUUGAACCAACAAAUGAUGGUUGGGAUGGUGAUGAAGAUGCCAUGGGCGGCGACCAUGGAUUGCACGAUAAAAACUUAAAUGAUGAUAGAGUCAAUCAAGAACCUGCACAAGGUAAUAUGAUGAGAUUUAUAUAUCAUGUUACAAAUCCAGCUUAA